GGGCGGUACUAUCUGUGGCCCCGUCCCUCUGACGCCAUUUCCGGCGGGCAGGCGGAGGUCCCGCUACUGGCGGAGACGCAGGGCCGGGCCGGGCCGAGCAGGCCAUGGUGGUGCUGCGGGGCGGCGCGGGCCCAGAGGAGCCCUACCCGAGGAUCGAGGACUGCCUGCCCCCGCUGGAGGACUCCCCGUCCAAGAGGUUCUCCCCCUCCAAGCGAAAGCAGUAUUAUAUCAACAAGGCCAUCCGCAACUCGGACCUCAUCCCCCGGGCCAAGGGCCGCAAGAGCCUGCAGAGGCUGGAAAACACUCGCUACCUGAUGACGCUUUUGGAGCGAGAUGAAUGCGGGAGCGACGAGGGAGAGCUCGCCCACUCCGCCACCCCCAGCAUCUUCACCGAGGCUUGUAACAACGAGACCUACGUGGAGAUCUGGAAUGACUUCAUGAACCGGUCGGGAGAAGAGCAAGAGCGAGUCCUGCUCUACCUGGAGGAGGAGGCCAGGAAGAAGCACAAGAGGAAGCUGCCCGUCAAGAAUGAAGACAAGUGGAAAGAGCACCCUGCCUACUCGCCCAAGGAGUGUUUCCAGCGCAUCAGCCGCCGCCUGCGCUCCACCCUGAAGCGGGGCCGGAUCCCCAUGGGGACGCUGGAGGGCCUGGAGGAGGAGCUGCUGGCCUUUUUCUCCGUCACCCCUCACUCCGUCUACACAGCGCUGAUGGACAACAGCUUCGAGCGACUCCUGCUCCAUGCGCUCUGCCAGUACAUGGACCUCGUCUCUGCCAGUUCGGACAUCGAAGGGAAACGUCAAAUGAAAGUGAGCAACAAACACCGCGUCUUCCUGCCCCCCGAGCUCCUGCUCUCGGACUACCUGGAGCAGAUGAGCUGAUGCCCCGAGGGACGCCCGGCCCCUCGCCUGGUGCGCUGACGGCUGCCUUCCUCCUCUCCCGGCCUCUGCCAGCCCCACCAUCCCCUCGCUCCGUCCUGCCGCGGCGUGGACCAGCCCCUUCCUCAUCCCUUCCCCGUCACCGAGAGCAGACGCUUGAUGGUGCUGAGCCGGGGGGUCCGGGACCCCCGGCAGCGUGGCCCUGCCAGAUAUCGCCAUGCUCCGGGUGCAGCUGUGCCGGUACCGAUCUGCCACGCUGCUUCCCGGCCGGAGCAGCUCUGCCGGAACUGUUUUUGUGUCUAUUUAUAGCCCAGGUGCUUUUAAAAAUAAUUGGGCUGGGCCAGCCCCCCCCUCUGGCACCGACGCUCCAUGGGUGAUGUCGGUCCAGAUUUUUCUGCAGUGAAACAGCUCCUCGUGGGUGCUGAGCAAGCGCUGAGCCGGCGGAAGAGCCUGGGGGGCCCAUGCCCUCCUGGCUUUCCUUGUGCCCCCAGCCCUGUGCCCACCCUGGGCAUGUCCCAGGGGGGGCUCAGCCCCUCCAGCCCCCUUGGGCAGGGUGGGGGGGGGCUCUUGCCGUGUUGGUGUGUCAGCAGCACCCUGUUCCCUGUGCUGCAGGGGGCGGGAUGGUUUUAAAUGUAAUAUAGUGUUUUUUAAUGUGUGUGUGUAUAUAUAUAUGUGCGUGUGUGCUGGAGGAGUACAGCCUGGCCCAUGGGGGCUCUGGCUGCUAAGGGGACAGUUUGGGGGUCCCUCUGUGUCCCCAGGGCUUGUCGCAGGUGAGUGGGGGGCAUCCCUGCUCUGGUCUGGCCUCUGAUGUUGCUGAGGCUGGCCAGGGGGCAGUUGGACCCCCCAGUCUAGGACUGCUGUGGCAGCACCCCUGGCCCUGAGUGCUCUGCUGGGGGGCUUUGCCUGCUGCUCUGGGCUCCCUGCCUGCCAUGAGGACACUGGGGCCCGCCCCGGGCUGUCCCCAGUAUACCCUGUGCCUUGUUGGCUUGUGUGGCUCGGGUGGGGGGUUCAGGAACAAUAAAACAAGGUGUUCCCAGA